GCCGUUGUCGCACCAGAUCAGACUUGGCCGGAGAGAAGUGCGACUUCUUCACUUCGGAGCGAAUUGUGUGUGUUUUUGUUUGUUUUGCGACUUUUCCAUCGCAUUUUUCCGGCAGAAGUUCGUCAGCGCUUGUUCCAGGAUGGUUAAAGUGUCUUUUAACUCGGCUUUGGCCCAGAAAGAUGUGAAAAAGGACGCAGAAACUCUUAUUCCCGAGGAGGACAAAGAUGCGGAGGCGGCUCUGCCGGUCCGUCACCAGUCCCGGGCCUGGUGCUGGUGCAUGUGCCUGGGUCUGGCCCUCAUGCUGUCUGGGGUGGUGGUUGGAGGAGCCUACCUGUACCGUUACUACAUCCUGGAGGUGAGCAAGCAGCCCCGACAAGGGUGGGGAAGUUCCUCCUACGACAGUGAGGAGGGUCAGGUCUUUGUGUGCGGGGUGAACUACCGUGAGGAAGACUUCAUGAUGCGGGAGGAAGAGGAGGUGGAGGUGGAGUUGCCAAGCCAGUUCCACCUGCGGCAGCUGGAAGAGAGGAUCCGGGUUCUGGAGAGGGAGCAGGUGGAGCUCAUCAACGUCCCCGUACCUGAGUUCGACGAAGGAGACCCGGCAGACAUCGUCCAUGACUUCCAGCGGAGGUUGACUGCCUACCUGGAUCUGAGCCUCAACAAGUGCUACGUCAUCCCGCUCAACACCUCCAUCGUCAUGCCCCCCAAGGACUUCCUGGAGCUGCUCAUCAAUGUCAAGGCCGGCACCUACCUGCCUCAGUCUUACCUGGUCCAUGAGGAGAUGAUGGUGACCGAGCGCCUGGAGCACGUCGACCAGCUCGGCUACUUCAUCUACAACCUCUGCCACGGCAAAGACACCUACAAGCUGCAGCGCAGAGACAGGAUUCUGGGCAUGCAGAAGCGUGAAGCUCUGAACUGCCACAAGAUCCGUCACUUCGAGAGCAAGUUUGUGGUGGAGACUCUGAUCUGUGAGCCUUAAGACGCCUCGUCGCCUCACGACUGCUCUUAAAGUCACUGGCAUGCAGUGAGAUUGUGUUUUUAAUCCUCACCUGUCUUUUUUUUUCUCUGUCCUUUGCUUCAGGUAGUUUGAGUGAGUGAGAGGAAUGAAAUGUGAAGCUGUUUGGUAAAUACUUACUGAUUGUGAAAUAAAAAGGUGAAGAGUCGUGUAUUUUCCACUUUCUGUGCGCGGGUCUUCUUAGAAUCUUUAUCUUUCAGAAAAUAAGUAGCUAUAAUUCAGCUGAGUAUAAAAUUGUAAAUUAUUUUAAUCAAAAUAACUGCAUUUAUGGCAUGAACAUGUAUUUUAAUAGACAUGGGUAAAUUUACAGUUUGCUUUUUCUUUCAGUCCAAACAUAAAGUUUCAAGAGAAAAGGCAACUUUUGUAAAACUGAUCCAGGUUUUUGAAACGGAUCAGUCCAGGGAGACUUUUAGUUUUUUUGUAUUUUGUCUGCUGUAGCUUUUAAUACACUGCACCUGUUCUUUCUUAACUGGAAAAUGGUCUUAAAAUAAGAGUGUGGACACGUGUCUCUCUUGUUUAGCUUUAAAAGUAAGUCUGUAGAAGUGCUGAGUAAGAAAAAAGGAAACGAACAGUAAAAUGGCAGCAGAGGGAGCUCACAGGAAACACACACUUGUGUUAAAAUCUUUUUCAUGAGGGUUGUCUGUCUUUUUUUGAAUGUGUAAUUUUUUGGAUAACUCUUCUUGUUGUACUAAUUUGUGUAUAUAAUCUCUUUGAAGAUAUGACCAGACCAACACAAUAAACAAUAAACAAAACAGAAAAAAACA